AUGCCUGAGGAGAAGAUCGAGUACAAGGUCGCCGUGUUCAGCUCCAGUGAGUGGGUCACCGACUCCUUCACGGAGCCCUUUUCCGUCUUCUCCACCGUCAACUACUUCCCGGCCCGCCUUGAGCCCAAGAGCGCCAAGCUCGCUGCAGGGCACGAUGCUGUCUGCAUCUUUGUCAAUGACGACGCGGGCGCAGAGUCCAUCGCUGCCCUGGCCGAGGCCGGCGUCAAGCUGAUUGCCCUGCGCUGCGCCGGCUUCGACCGCGUCGACCUGGAAGCCGCCGAGAAGCACGGCAUCCGUGUGGUCCGCGUACCGGCCUACAGCCCACGCUCUGUGGCCGAGCAUGCGCUGACCCUGAUGAUGGCCCUCGCCAGAAACCUGAAGCUCGCACAGAUCAAGGUCCAGGCCGGCUCCUACACCCUAAAUGGUCUCGUCGGUUUGGAGUUGACGGGCAGGACCUUUGGCAUUGUGGGCACCGGCGCCAUCGGCCUGGAGCUGGUCAAGCUGCUGCGGGGCUUCGAAGGCAAGGUCCUGGCCUACGACCCCUACCCCUCCGAGAAGGCCAAGGAGCUGGGCGUGUCCUACGUGCCCCUGGAGCAGCUCAUGCGUGAGGCUGAUGUGCUGCUCAAACCCACCGCCCUGGUCAUCAACGUGUCGCGCGGCGGGCUCAUUGACACCAGCGCCGCCAUCGCAUCGCUGACCGAUGGGAACCUGGGUGGGCUGGCAGUGGAUGUCUACGAGGGCGAAGAGUCCCUGUUCUUCAAGGACAUGACCAACCUGAAUACCCAGAAGCGCAUGAAGGUGUGGGACAAGAAGUUCAACGAGCUGCUGGGCCUGCCCCAGGUCAUCGUGACCCCCCACAUCGCCUUCCUGACCACCACGGCCCUGGACGCCAUCGCCAGCACGACUCGCGAGAACCUGGCCGCAGGCGCCCAGGGACGGGAGCUGGUGAACGAAGUCAAGUUCAAGGGAUGA